AUGCCUUGGCUACCACCCAAUUCCAAGGUAACAUGAUAAAUAAUCAAUUGAUUACAAGAAAUGUUAUUUACAAAUAGCAGGUAACGUUUUGCGAAGAACUGUAGAAAGGGUAUGUUAUCUGCGCAAGGUAAGGAAACUGGUCAGUAACACCUUCGCAAGAAAUCGGACUUUUUGAGGUAACAAAAAAAUUGUUUCAAAAGCUUAGAGCUGCGGCUUUUGCAGACCCCAGAGGCCGCUUUUUGUCGUUUUCUUCCACAAAAAAACAACAACAACUUAUACUUUCUUCUGUGAAACGUAGUUUGCUUUUUACAAAUAAGAAAAUUUGUUUUUUCAAAUUAAAUCCUGUCAAGUCAGUCAUACAGUUUUGUCCCUACUGAAGAGCUGUUGGCAGAAACUGCUCAAACAGUUGUCUCUUAUAGUAUAUAAUCACUUCGACUCGAUCUAGUUAAAAGGUGCUUUGAAAUGUGCUUUUUACAGCAACUGGCAAGAUAUCUGAAGAAAGUCAUGGGGAACCUUUUUUCUGCAAGAAAAAUGGAAUGCCAACUGGUUCCAAAAAACAACAGACCAAUUAUAGGUAAAGUAAAACCGGUAAUUCUUAUCGAAAAACAGUGUACUUGACAUACAUCUGAACUAGUAACCUAAAUUAGAAAUGGCCGCACGUCUUCCUUAUGGAUGUUUAUGAGGGAAAGACAUGGCGUCGUAAUUCUUAAGACAAAUUACAGGGGACGUGGUCAUGUUGACGCUCCACGAAGUUUCAAUUUUUGUUCGAUGUGAUGCUCUUCAUGAAGUGGUGUAAUUUGGAAAUUUAUUGUGAUGAAAAAAGGACUAUCGAGGGUGUGUUUCUCUACAAAACAGCAACCUUCAAAAGACAGUUGUGAGCUUAUUUUCCCCUGCAGCCAAAUUGAUUUUUAUUUCUCAAGUAAAAAAAAAACCUUUUCAGUCUACAAUAUGCGUCCUACUCUUCCAUAAAAUUAUACUGAAUCGACAAAUUUUGGUUUUUCAAAUUAUCAAUUAUGCUAAAAUUUCUCCUAAUUAGGGUCCAUUUGGCAAUUGUUCUUGUCCGUUUGCUUCUUUCAUCUUACGGGCUUAGCAUGCAAAUCAUUGAAUAUUUUAGGUGUGUGAAACUUAAAUUGAUGAAGCUGAAAGACGACGUUUUUUAGUUAAUGACACCGACACGUUGUUCAAAUGCUCUACUAACGAGCUCAUUCUUGCUGGGUCACAUGACUUUUUGCUCCCCUAGGGAUUCUGUCAGUGGAUUGUGACGGUCACUUUGCCGAAUAUGGUAAGUCAUACAUAGCUGCGUCAUACGUCAAGAAUAUCGAGAGCGCUGGUGCCCGCGUCGUUCCAAUACGGUAUCCUUUUUAGAAACUAACACUGUGCCAAUAUAGGCGUACACUAUGAAGUAAAUUCCUCUCUUUGGGACCAGGCAAACUGGUUAGCUUCCAAGAAGAAAACUCUACUCGCUGGCUAGUUAUUCCUUCAAGCUUGACAGGAGUAUGUAGAAAAGCCUGUGAGAUCCGACUGAUUCUAUGAGCUUGAGAGCUAUAAUAUUCUAGCUUUGCAUAACUUUCAAUAAAGGGUUUAUUUUUCGGGAAAGACGGUUUUACGAAAAGCUUAGUUGCGAGAAUACCAACGAAAGAGCAAAAUUUCUCUGAGGAAUGUUAAGCAAUUAUUGAUAAACUCACGAAAGUAAUUAGGGUGUGUUUUCCUUCAUAAAUAUCAUUCAUGAUUGGUGUAAAACUCUCACCACCAUCACGGCUUAUCAGGUGGAAAAAUAAAACCGAUCGCAACUUGGUACUUGCGUUUUCCCGCAAUUCGGGCUGGAAACGCUUACUUAUUUCGAAAUCUGACUGGUUCCCUGUCAUGGUCUUAAAUGGUUUUACGACACUCAACUAGUUAAGGCUACCUUCUUUCGCCGUUACAUUCAAAGUUCACAUCCUUAACAAUUCAAAAGUAACGAUUUACCAGCGAAAGAAUUGGAAUCUCUCAUUAAUAGCAUCAAUGGGUAGGUUACAGCACGAAAGACAUUAGUUAUUACAAUUGCACAGGGUGAGAUUUCUUAUAAGUGUCUUGCUCAUCUUCUUUCCAACAGGGUGAUAUUUCCAGGCGGGGGAGCUAGUCUAGCAGACUCAGCUUACUUCAGCGCUGGCAAGAUGAUUUAUGAUUUGGCGAUAAAGGUGAGUGGGCUUUGUGCAGACCGAGUUAAUGAUUAUAAUUUGGUUAUAAUCUGUUGUCGUGAUUUCAUUAUUUGCCCGUGGGUGGGGGGGGGGGGAGGAUCGGAGGAUUUCGGUUAUGUCCCAAUAAAAUUUACCCAAUUCCCCUAACCCUUUUUUUACUAUUAUGAUGCCUCCUCUUUAGCAUCCACUUUUCUAUAAGGUCCUCUCCUCGACCUCUGUUAGCAUUGAUCCCCCCUCCGUAGCCCCUGAUAACCAUGUGAUCUCGACCAAAAAUUAUCCGAACCCCUCUAAGAUCUGAUGUUCGACUCAUUGCGGGGACUUUUCUUCCAUUUCUUACUAUUAUUUUACCAUGCAUGUUACCCUUGAAAGUGUUAAAAGUUGGAAAAGGCGUCGAUUGAUAGACACUUAGAAGACUUACGUGCGUCAAUAUCAGUUAUUUGGACUGGAUACUCUUAUUCCUUAGAUAUUUGGAAAGUAAUUUUGUUUGAAUAUCUGUAACAGGAAAAUGACAAUGCGAAGGAGCCGUUUCCCUUGUGGGGAGCCUGCCUUGGUUUUGAGAUGCUGCAUAUCAUCAUAUCAGGGUUAAAAAAGGAGGAUAUGUUGGUGUCAUGUGACGCAGAGAAUUAUUCUAUUCCUCUGGAAUUCACUGCAGGUAAGAAAAGGCGAUUGUUUGAUCAGCCAAUUGUUACCAAAAUCUGACACUGGAAGUCAAACUAAUUGUUAACUACAAAACUUGGUGAGAUUUAGGCUGCUCAAGAGGGAGCUAGAGUUGUGACAAAUUAUUAUCAAAAUCAUUAAGAUUGAAGGGGACCUCCGGUUGAAAAAUACGAGAAUAUGAGAAAUAUUCUCAUAAAAAGCUCAAUUCAUCUUCAUGUAGAAUAUAUAUAUAUAUAUCUUUUUUACCUUAAUUCUCUCGCAGUCAAAAACUCACAUUUUUUCGAGCUUGUUUUUCCAUUAUGUUUACGGCUUAAAACAACUAAAUGAAUGUAUUUUGUGCUUUGAGUUUGAAAAAUGAUUGGUUGUUUCUAAUGGUCAAUUAUUAAGUUAAAAUAAAGACUUGUUCACAUUAAAAAAUUAAUACUUAUAUAACGCAGUAUACCAUGAUAUGGUUAUGAUCCAAUGCCUCACUCAUUGACUGAUACAUUGAGUCGUCAGUCAUGCUUGCUUCGUUUCUUGCUUCCCUUAAAAAUCUUUGCAGCUCACUUCGAGGGGUUUCUGUGAGAUGACAAUUUUAGUAAUUACCAAUUUAUUUGAUGGAUGUCAAUCAGAGGCCCCCCAUAAUACCAUAAAGACUUCGUUUCCUCUUCCUUUUAAAUACAGAUGCGUAUACAAGUCGCAUGUUUAGUUCUGCUCAAGAUGGGGACAGAGUUAUGAAUAUUCUCAAAGAACAAGCUGUAACAAUUAACAUGCAUCAGAAAUGCGUGCCACCUGAGGUAGGCCGUUCUAAAUCAAAUUAUUGAUAACCAAACGACUUUUCAUCGAUUCUUGUUCGGUAUUAUUCGUUUGCUAUUUGGUUUAAUUUUUUGCAUAUUUAACUGCUGCCCCACUCAGGAUUUGCCAACUUCAUGCUGUUAAUUGGAAGAAACCGAACACCCUUUUUAUGAUCACAAUCAAGACAGCCUCUAAUUUCUCCUUCUCAUUAACUUCCUUUAUUUGUUAACACUUGUUUCUGAUUCGUAGAAAUUCUAUGCAAACAAUAACACUGCUGGAUUCUUCAAAAUCCUUUCAACCAACAAGGACCGGAAAGGAGUGGAAUUUAUCUCCACCGUUGAAGGUACCGAAUUUUCAUUUCAAAAUCUUUUGUAAAUCUUUUAUUUCCCAAUGCUAUAAAUAGUAUUCUUUGUUACAUAGUGGUUGUACGCUAACACAAACAAAAGGAGAAACAAGUAUGGGGCAUGCUCGUGAUAUACAUGAUGUACUUUCACAUGCUCGUGCCUACGCUUGAAAUCUGAUUCAUAGGUCUCAUAGAGCUGGAGAAUUGCCGCCUUCCAAAGUAGGAAUUCGUUACGAAUAAAUUUUACAAGCGAAGGAAAUAGGAAAAUAGAAAAUAGGGCAGGAUUCAGGGUCACAUCUUACCAGAGAGGUAACAGAUAUUAUGAUCAUGGUAGAUUUUAAAUGUCAUGGACAACUGAUAUUUUUAAAACCACAGGCAAGAAGUAUCCCAUAUACGGAACACAGUGGCAUCCGGAAAAAUGCCAGUUUGAGUGGACACCAAAAGAAGUGAUUGACCAUUCAGCAGACGCUGUCUUUGUUGGACAGUAUAUGGCAAAUUUUUUCGUUAAGCAAGGUACGUAGAUACUUGGUAGAUUUUAUUGACCUCUAGUAACAGCUAUCUUUUUAACGGUGAUUCAAUAGUGUGAAAUACUAGAUAGGAAAUGCUGUGCUCAAGCAAACAGGAGUUGUUGGGGAGGAGAGGGUAUCAACUUCUGCCCCAAACGACUUAAGAUGAGGCUAAAUUAGACCACCCCCAAUCUCUGCGCGUAAUUUCCGUCUGUUGAAAUGUUCCCUAUUUUAUUAUAUUUACAGCUCGACAGAACACCCAUCACUUUGCAAGCGAGGAGGCAGAAGAAAAGGCCCUGAUUUACAAUUAUAAUCCAAUUGAUACUUCAAAGAUAUCUUCAUUUGAACAGUGUUAUUUCUUUUAAGUACCUUCAUUUUACACUGGCUGCGAUUUCCUUUGCUCAAUUUAGCACGAAAGAUACAGGUCUAGGUCUUUUCCGAGAAAGUUUUUCAGAAACUGUAGUUAGUAACACAAGUAAGCGCAGUCGAUGACUACAACUGUAAGGUUUUUGGUGAUUUGAAUCACACACAAAGUAACGGUGUUUACCCGUUAACCCCUAACAGUGACUAGUAUCUAAUAUCUCCUUACAAUAUCACCCCUAAAUCGCACACUUGUCACGAGAAUAAAGGAAAUGAUCACAAACUUCGGAGGCUCUUGAUUGUCGAACAAAUUUUCCUUAAAAAGAUAUAGAGACUAUCAUGGAGAAUAUGUAUACUAGUGUUGUGAUGUAAGUUUAUUCACUAGUUGAAAAUAUUUGUAUUGUAUAAUGAUGUACAUGUAGGAAGAAUUAAAGUGAAACAGUCAUCAGAAUGGGAUAACACUAUAACCUCUCCCAUCAGGCGCGCAUUAUAGCUUGUUAUAGGAAUUUCUCAGAUCAUUUUACUGAGUUGCCAGUGCUCAUUAAUUUUUAUUCGCAAGUGGAACAAGAAUUAAGCAAAAUAAAGCAAAGUUCUUCUUUUCGUCUCUCUGCUGUUAUUGUAACCACGGCAAAAAAAUCAAAUAUUCUCUUUGGCAACAAGAAGUUGGUUCCUUGCUUAGUGAUGCCUAAUAAUUACAAUAGCUCAGCAAAACCAAUAC